CAGUCAAGACUACCCAAAGAUGCUCGGGAUUGGAUUGCCACUCAUGUUGACAACAACAUGGAUUGGAAAGCCAUUAAGCCCCUUCUGAGAUUAAGCCAUGAACAGAUGGAUAACAUUGAAAAAAAUGACAAUUUUCCAGGUGUACCCAUGUCAAUGUUAGUCAAUCAUAGAGCGGUUCAAAACGUAAUUUAUGACAGACUUCAGAAGAAGUACAAAAAAAAUGAAUCAGACAAAAUCAGCGUAGAUCUAUGGAUGGAUUAUCUACGCAGUAACGAUUAUCAAACAUUUUUGGAUGUUGAUCAAGAAGGCGGGCGUAUAAUGGUAGCUUGGGUCUCCCCAUAUCAAAAGGAGUUUUUAGCAUCCUCAUAUGAAUGGUGCUUAGAUUCGACAUAUAAAACAUGCAAGUCCUUCUUGCACGGAGAUAAAUAUUGCUAUUUCUUUACUAUUGUUGUGCGUAACGCUACCACAAACAAAGGCAUACCAGCAGCAUUUUUGAUUACCAGUGACGAG